AUGCAGCCAUCUACAUCUGUAAAUGUACAUGCGGCUGUUUCUGCUGAUCCUGGUUGUAUAUCUUCCUCAUUUUUAGAAAUGUGUCAUAUUAAUAUUAAUUCACUUAGGGCAAAUAUUGAUCUUCUGCGUAGUCAUCUUUCAAUGCAUACGUAUGAUGUGGUGGCAUUAAGUGAAACAUGGUUAACUGAUAAAAUUAGUAAUGACAUGGUUGAUAUUAAUGACUUUAAUUUAGUCAGAAGGGACAGAUAUGGUAAAAGGGGAGGAGGGGUUGCAAUAUAUGUUAAGAGUCACCUUCAUUUGAGAAUUUUAUUUUCAUCCUCUGAACUUUUUGAUAAUAAACCAGAAUUUAUCAUAGUUGAGAUUUCUAGUCGUCAUGUUAAGCCUUUACUUUUUGCUGUUGUUUACCGUAGACCUGGUGGAGAAAGUCUGGAUGAUUUUGAGUAUCAUUUUAAAAAAUUUUUUAAUCUGUAUGAUAAUGUUGUAAUAUGUGGUGAUUUUAACUAUAAUCUUAAUGGGAUAUCAAUUGAGUCAAAUUAUAUCAGAGAUUUUUUUGAGUCAUUUAAUUUAUUUAUUGUGCCUUACGAUUCAACUCACCAUACGACUAAUUCUGAAUCUUGGAUUGAUUUGUGUGUGGUAGAUGAUAAAGAUAAAUUGAUUGCUGUAUCUCAAUCCCAUGUACCUUUUGUAGCGGGACAUGAGCUUAUUUCAAUAUCUUAUAAAUGGACAUUUAAACAAACAACAUGUUCUGCUAAAACUUUUCGAAACAUUUCUGGGAUUGAUGAUACUUCUUUCUUGUCAACUCUUAAUUCUGUAAACUGGUCCAAUCUUUAUCUUUCUCAUUCUAUUGAUUUUAAGCAGUCUUUUAUUUGUAAUGCUAUCAUUAAGGCACUUGAUGAACAUGCUCCACUACGCACCUGUGUAAUGCGACGGAAUGUAUGUCCUUGGAUGAAUGAUGACAUUCGAGAUAUGAUACGGCAAAGAGAUUCUGUUUUUAGAGCUUGGAAGAGAGUUGGUACUGAUUCAUUGCGAAAUAAGUUUAAAACACUUAGAAAUAUUGUUAAAUUUUCAAUUAGAAAAGCGCGUGAUGAGUACAAUGCCGGUAGGCUGAGAUUAAUUACUGAUUCGGGUAGACUUUGGAGUGAGCUUAGACGCAUUGGCCUUGCAAAGAGAAAAAUGGAUGAUUCUCCACUUAAUUUUGAUGUUAAUUUAAUUAAUGAUUACUUUAUAUCUGUUUGUGGAAAUUCGUCUUUUAAUAUUAAGCCUUUGUUUCUUUCAAACUUUUUUUGUGAUGAUGAGUUUGAUGACACUCUUUUUUUCUUUGAGGAUAUAUGUCCAUCUAUGUUAAUGAAAGCUCUAAGAAGUAUUAAAACAGAGGCACAGGGAUAUGAUGGUUUAUCCAUAAGUGCUGUUAUGAAAGCCAUGCCGGUGUUGUUUCCUUACGUGCUUGAUCUUUUUAAUUUAUCUUUGCAAACAUCAACCUUUCCUGAUGAAUGGAAGAGAGUUCUUAUCAAGCCGGUUUCUAAAUCUGGCUAUAGAAAGGGCUUUAGUACUCAAACUCUUUUAAUAAAAGUAAAUGAUGAUAUAUGUAAAGCAAUUGAUGAGCGAAAAGUAACUAUAAUUGUUUUCUUUGAUUUUAGUAAAGCUUUUGAUAUGGUUCCUCAUACCAUUUUGCUAACGAAACUUAAAUCUAUUGGAUUAUCGUGCUCUGUUUUAAAAUGGUUUGCUUCAUAUCUCUCAGGUAGGAUGCAGGCUGUUGUUGGAGCUAAAGGAGAAAUUUCUGAGUGGGCUGAUAUUGGAACUGGAGUUCCUCAGGGAUCAGUGCUAGGACCACUUUUAUUUUUAUUAUUCACAAAUGAAUUAAGUAAUGUCCUCAAAUAUUGUAAGCAUAUGUACUUUGUGGAUGAUUUGCAGAUUUAUAUGCAUUCUAGUCUGAAAGACUUAAAACAUAAUUUAUCAUUACUAAAGGAAGAUGUUCAGUCUGUAUUAAAUUGGGCUGAGACCAAUAUUCUUAAAAUAAAUCUUAACAAGACCUAUUCUAUGAUAUUUGGAUCUACUUGGUACAUAAAUAAUGUCAAUGAAUGUAAUUACCCCCCGAUUGAGAUUGAUAACAUUACUAUUCCUUUUGUUGAUUCUGUUAGAAACUUGGGUGUUAUCUAUAGACCAACUCUUUCUUGGGACAAGCAAGUUGGUAAAAUUUGUAAAAACACUUAUGCUAGUUUAUCGCAAUUUAAAGCAAAUAGAAAUGCCCUCACUACAGAAAUAAAAAUAAAGAUUGUAACGUCCUUAAUCUUUCCUCAUUUCGAUUACUGCUGUGCUGUCUACAAUGAUUUAACUGAUGAAUUAAAUUAUAAACUAGAAAAGCUACUCAAUUCUUGUAUUCGAUUUAUUUUCAACUUAAGAAUGGAUGUACAUGUAACGCCAUAUCGUCGAAAACUUGGAUGGCUGAGUUAUGAUCAUCCUCACUAUGAUCUUCAUCAUGAUCAUCAUCAUCAAGAUCAACAGUGUGAUCAUCAUCUUGUUCAUCAUUAG